UUUGAAAUCCAUAUUACAACAAUAUGCCAUAAUUUUACAUGAACCAUAACCAGAUCCGGUAAUACAGAAGAAAUGGACGUGAGCUGCAUUAUACUCGGUUGCUUUUUACUUUUCCAAAUGGCAGUCAUACUGACAAUGCUCAAUCCAAUGUAUGAUAUUCGAAAACUCCUCGUCUAUUUCAAUAGAGCGAUGAAAUCCUGCAAAGCGUACUACAGCUCAAUCGCCCUCUAUUUCUUCGUCAUUAUAUACUAUGGUAUGUUUAUCCCGUUGCUGAACAUAUCAAAACUAAUAUCUAACAAGAUUCCGAACGAAUACGAAAAGUUGGUGCUAUUGAGCCGAAUCGAGAGAAACUAUUUAAUCGCGGGGUUCUCUCUUUUCCUGUUUAUCGUACUGUACGGAGUCCGAACGUUAGUUUCCUACGCCGCAAGCCUGCUUCAUAUAUCGAUGCUCACAAGCGAAACCCUAAUAUCGCGGAAAAAGAGAUUUCCUUCAGAAAAUAUCUUGCCCAAUUUGUUGCGUGUGAAGAGGUCAGUGUCCUACGAGAGUAUUCUAUUCGCAAACGAAGAGUUGAGGAUGAUACUGAAAAGAGUCGACUUCCCGCACAACAGCUCUCCGUCUAUCUUGGAAUAACCAAUAUAAACACUUCCUAAAUAAAAGUUUCGAAUAAAUUCGACGCCAUAUUUCGUUUCUCGUUUCUCAGUUAUAUUUUGUAUUGCGAAACCAUCGGAUAUCGUCUUGCACGUAAAGAAUACUGCCAAGAAUUCGGGAAUUCCUUGGAAUUACAACGGGGCGAGAGGCGACGGGAAAUAUUCGAAAAGACAAGGCCGUAAAAAUAAAAUGCUACACUGCAAAGGGAAAGAAAUGUCAAGUUGGAAUGUAGGGUGUGGAAGGAGGAUGGAAAAUCCAGUUACAUAAGUGUUCCACUAGAAUAUAUAGGCGAUAGGGUGAAAUGUGUGAGCAACUUCUGGCAGUCACAUAAAUUAUACGUCCUAUUUUUUCCCUUAUUCUUAUUCCUUAUUAGCUACAAUUUUGAAUGGUUGUGGGAAUAUUCAAUAACUCAUUGAUAGAUCACAUGAAUAUAAAAAAAUUGAGGAAGUCAUCGCUUAUGUAUUUACUGAACCAUAUUACUAUUUAUUAGUAAUUCAUCGGUAAGAUAUCGUA